AAACCCUCCUAAAACCUCAACCGUUUUCUUCGCUGUCCGGCAAGUCAGCCACCGCCCUUCCCGGUGGUUCCAAUGCGUAGAACCGGCGUAACUCCCCCAAUCUCUCUCUUCUUACUCUUCUUCCUCAUUCUCUCUAACCCACUACCUAGUUCCUCCUUUUCUUUCCCCUUUUCUAACUACCGCACCCUCUUCUCUGUUUCUCAUUCCCUUUUCUCCCGCGUCGCCAACCUCCGGGAAUCACGCGGAGACUCCGCUGGCGCUGCCCGAGCUCGAUCCAUUGCCAUAAAACUGGAGAAUGGUUUGGGUAUUGGAUUCUGGAAAGUCAUGUGGAACGUGGGUUGGGACUAUGCGAGAAAUUAUGCUUGGAGAGAUACGACGUCGUUUGAUAUGUUCGGUGUUUUGUCGGAGUUGAAUGAAAUUCUGCGUGGUCUUACUGACUUUUCAAGUGUCAGUUCAGAUAGGGAAAGGGUUAAAUGGAUGAAUCGGAAUUAUGAGAAUCUUUUUAGAGUUUCCAAAUCUCUUUUUGGUAGAUUUCGGAAGAUGUUUCGACAAUCCGGUCCAUUGCAGGAAGUCAUGGAGACACUUCAGAAGGAAGUAGUAGAUGGUGAUUUGCUUAAGGACUGCCUUGAAUUGGGCGCUAAUGAUUUGAAGGGCCUCAUCAUGGUUUUCAAGGAUAUUUCUUCGAAAUAUACCUCUACUUCCUCUUCCAGGACAGACCUGUGACUGAGUGAAUUUUGGAACCAAGGUAUUUAAGGUUAACUCUGUAACUAGUUUUGUCGUUUCCAGUGCAGUACCAACAUGGCAACAUUAGUGUAAAAGAUCAAUGCAGAAGAAGCUGAACCUUUUUUUUUUCAAGCUGUAUUUAUGUGACUUGUUAAGAACCAAAUCUAUCUUCUGAAUAUUUUUGUUAAAGUGUAAAAGUAGCUGAUUUUUGUUCAAUGAAAAAGGAUUGCUGAAAGGAACUUAAAGAAAGAUGCUUUAGUGUGGUGGGAAUCCUCAAGCAGAAGCUGCCUGCUGGGCUGUAGCUAUAGCAAUUACUAGUACUUCUGUAGAUUUUGAUUUCU